UUCAUCUCUUAUUUCGCAGUUUGCCAAACCAUCUCCCCACCUUGGGGCCCUAAACUUCCCAAAAAGCCCUUCCCUCCAUUUCUCUCUUUCUCUCUCCUCCCUUUUCCCACUUUCUCUCUCCUCUUUUUUCAAGCUUUCAUCAAUGGCGUCAUCUUCAAAAUCACGCUCAAAUGCACCAGUUCUACCUGUAACCUUCUCAUUACCACGCUCACUUUCACCUCCUCGUAGAUAUUCUCACUCAUCAACAACAACUUCUUCAUCUCAACCUUCCGAUCCUUUUUCGUAUUCGUCAAGUAGUUUUGCGUCGUCUUCUUCCGCUUCAUCUCUCUCAUCUUCCAUAUUUGAACGUCCUUCAUCUCCAACACGAGUUAAUUUAUCUUCUACUACUACAGUUCCUUCGUUUCGUAUCUCUCUCAAUCGUUCUCACUCUCCGAAUUCGCGCGUUUCGAUUCGCGAUCAAGUCGUUUCGAAACCUGCGAUUACGAAGAGGACGUGUAUGUGUUCGCCGACGAAUCAUCCUGGAUCGUUUCGUUGCGCGAUUCACAGGAAUAAUAGUCGAAACGGAGGUAAUUCGAAUUCUCACUCGGUUUCUUGCUCGCCGAGUCGACUCAAUCUUCGGCGAUCUGCAAUGACGAAUUCACUCGUGAGAAUCGGUACUGUUGAAGGUGAUUGGGUGAAACGUGCGUUAACGGCUUUGAUUCGUCCUUCGUCUCAUCAACAGAAAAGACGAUUUGAUUUUCAGUUUCGUCCGAGUCGUCUCUCUAUCAUGUCUAAAGCUAACGAUGAUGAUCCGUGAUUUUAAUCGGAAAAAAAGUCGUUGACGUUGGACGUUACGUUACGUUCGCCGUUAAGUUUUGAGGGCAAAUUCCGUUAAUCAUUGCAUAUUCCGUUCGCCCGUUCGGUUUGUUCAAUUUGCACGUCGUCGUCAAUAUUAUACGUUGCCUCCAUUUUCAGGUCAUAAUCAUACUAAUAAAAUAUUUUUUUAUGGAGCUGGAGGGAAAUUUAGUCUGUUUUGCUGACUUAAAAAGUUUCUCAGAAAUAAAAAUUGGUUACAUAGACACAGAAACAUGAGGAGAAGUUUGUCUGAAUAAUGCAAUUAAAUAAAGCAAGUAGAGUACUGAAGAUAAGAGAAGUUGAUAAAAUCUUACAUAAAUAACAUUAAAAGAAUUAGGGUUUGUUCUCCCCAACUUAUUUUCAGUUCAGUUCAAUUCAGUUCAGACCAGUUCAGUUCAGCUCUUGACAAUACUUUUACUCUCACAUAUCACUAUUCAUUUCAGUGCUGUUCAGAUCAGUUCAGAUCAGUUCAGAUUAGUUCAGAUCAGUUCAGUUCAGCUGUUUUAUACUGAAGAGAACAGACGCUUAAUCAUAUUUAAGAAUUUCUUUAAAAAGAUAGUGAUACAUAACUUUUAAAUACUUUUUCCUUUCUUUUUUAUGUGGCUUUUGUAUACUGUAUAAUCUUUUUAGUUUUAGAAGAACUUUCUAACAUCCAUAGUAUUUUAAAUUUUUAAUUACGUAUUUCUACCUUUUAAAA